AGAGAGGAGGGUGCGGGCACAGCGCCACCUGUCCCCGGAGGACGAGGUCGGAGUCUUGAUCCCGGCGGGUCCCUGCUCUUCUAGCCGCCCAGGCCCACACCGAACGCCAUGGCCCAGCCACCACCCGACGUCAGGGAGGACGACUGUCUCCCGGAGUAUCGCCACCUCUUCUGUCCGGACUUGCUUCGGGACAAGGUAGCCUUCAUCACAGGCGGUGGCUCUGGAAUCGGGUUCCGGAUUGCUGAGAUUUUCAUGCGGCACGGCUGCCACACAGUCAUCGCCAGCAGAAGUCUUCCCAGAGUGUCGAUGGCUGCCAGAAAGCUGGCUGUUGCCACUGGCCAGAGGUGCCUCCCUUUAUCUCUGGACGUCCGAGCUCCCCUGGCCAUCAUGGCAGCCGUGGAGCAGGCUCUGAAGGAGUUCGGGAAGAUCGACAUUCUCAUUAACUGUGCAGCCGGGAACUUCCUGUGCCCUGCCAGUGCCUUGUCCUCCAACGCCUUCAAGACUGUGAUGGACAUCGACACCUUGGGCACCUUCAACGUGUCUCGCGUACUCUACGAGAAGUUCUUCCAUGACCAUGGAGGGGUGAUCGUGAACAUCACUGCAACCCUGGGUACCCGCGGGCAGGUGCUCCAAGUUCAUGCAGGCUCUGCCAAGGCAGCCGUGGAUGCGAUGACACGGCACCUGGCUGUGGAGUGGGGCCCCCAGAACAUCCGCGUCAACAGCCUUGCCCCUGGUCCCAUCAGCGGCACGGAGGGCUUCCGGCGGCUGGGUGGCCCACAGGCCAGCACGAGGGCAAAGGUCCUGGCAAGCCCCCUGCAGAGGCUGGGGAACAAGACGGAGAUCGCCCACAGCGCCCUCUUCCUGGCCAGUCCUUUGGCAUCCUACGUGACGGGGGCCCUGCUGGUGGUUGAUGGUGGGGCCUGGCUGACAUUCCCUAACGACAUCCAGUCGCUGGCGGACUUCUCAUCCUUCUCUGCUAAGCUCUAGGCAGGGGACAGUGUGCUGCAGAGGAGCUGGUCCACACCUGCUCUCGGAUCCCUGUGACCUGCCUCCCGCCUGCCCAGCCUAAGCGCCAAACCUGACAAUCCCAGCAGAGUGUCUGAAGCAGAGACUGGCCUUUCCUCUAGGAACCGUGCUGCAUCCACAUUCCCUCCCCGUGGCCCCGUCUCCUAUGCAUGGGGGGCAGUGACUAGGCAGUGUGGCUGGCCUGCUGACAUGCUCACACACACUGGGGAGGUCUGGGUUCCAGCGCUUCAAGAGUGUUGAGGAGGCCAGGACGCAGGGGUGUCCGCCUUGCACAACCCAGGGUAAGGGCUGUCCCGCCAUCCCAGCCCCUGCCUAGGCUGGCCUCCUUUCCUCUCCUGCCUGCAUCCAGUGGGUGUCCUGAGGUGGCUCCCAUGGCCUGGGUGGAGAGAAGGGGGCAUUUCAGGCUGUCUUCUCUUCCUUGCUCUCCCGCUUUGAGACCUUUGCUUGGCAAAGAGAUGCCAAACUAGGAACGCUGGAGAAGCAUGUUUGAGCCUCUCCACAAGACCUGUGUCCUGGGUCCUGUCACCGGGUGUGUGGGCUGCAGAAGGGACCUCUGCCGGCCUCCAGUGACACGGGCAGGGUUGCUCCCCACCUGCCCUGGAGUCUGUCCUUUGCUGGGACAUCCCCAGAGGACUUAGUCCUUGGUCAUUUAGGGGCUCACUUUCUAGGUCCUCCAGGUGGCCUGUCCCCAUGUCACCAGCACCUUCCCUCAGGCCCAGCGGGUGGGGGAUCUCUGGACCCUCAAUUCUUCCCCAAUGACCACUCUUUGACAGACACCCAGGCCUGGACCUAAGGGGGCCACUUGGAUCCUGGGCUUGUUUUCUGUGCUGUUGGUUACAAAAUUCAAAGUGCUCAAAGCUGUCGGUCUGCCCUCUGGCUGGACAUGCGGCUUGGGUGCCCCCUUCCUCCCUGCCUCCCACCCUGCCCCCAUCUGUACCGUCCAUUUGCAUAAGCAUGGUCCUAGAGUUUUGCCAGAAAAUGCAUUUACUUAAAAAAUAA